AUGACGUUGACUUGUCGCUUUUACGCUAAUGAGUUCCCAGAAGUUGAGGAUACGGUGAUGGUGAAGGUACACAAGAUCGCCGAGAUGGGUGCCUAUGUCACGCUGUCCGAGUACAACAACAAGGACGGUAUGAUCUUGUUGUCCGAGUUGUCGAGAAGACGUAUUCGAUCAGUGAACAAGCUGAUCAGAGUCGGCCGAUCGGAAUGUGUCGUUGUUAUUCGUGUGGACAAGGAAAAGGGUAUGGAAAUACACUAUAUUGCAGUAUAUAUAUCACUAUAUCUUAAUUACUUUCUUCCAGGGACGUCGUUUGGGGGGGGGGUGGUUCGGUUCGGGGUGACUCCCUCCCCCCCAGAGAAAAACCGUAGCGAUGUCCCUGCUUGCUACUACUAUAAAUAACAAUUAUUACCAUCUUAAAUUGUUUCGUAAAACACUCUUUUAGGUUACAUUGAUCUCUCGAAACGACGUGUAUACUCCAAGGAUAUGCUGCAGUGUGAGGAACGAUUCGCUCGUGCCAAAGCCAUCAACAGCAUUCUCAGACAUAUCGCCGAACAGUUGGGCUACACCACCAACGAGGAGUUGGAACAGCUCUACGAGAAAACAGCUUGGUAUUUUGAUAGAAAGUUGAAGAAAAAGGCGGCUGCUCAUGACAUAUUCAAGAAGGCCUUAACGUAAGCUUUUUUAUUUGGUUUUUGUGGUUUUAGGCUUCAGAAAGGGGUGAUGGUGAAGGUAAUCAUAAGAAAGAUGACGAAGAAGUCAGAGGGAAAAGAAAAGGUUAAAUUUUUAACUUUUCAGUUCUAUUUUGGGGUAAAACAUGAAUUGCAAGCUAUUUUUAAUAGAUAUUUAGUAUAAUAUCUUGAUUUAUUUAAAAAAUACAUCAUAUUAAGAAUGGAAAAUCAAAAAUUAGCUAUAUUUUAACUUUCUUCUUCCAACUUCUGCAAAAAUACAUUUUAAAAGUCAUCUACUACAAUACCACUCUUUUCAGCGACUCCACCGUCUUUGACGAAUGCGAUAUCACUCCAGAAGUUAAGGAGAAGCUUUUGGAAGAAAUUCGCAAAAAGUUGAUGCCUCAGGCCCAGAAAAUUCGCUCGGACAUUGAAAUUAGUUGCUUUGCGUACGACGGGAUUGAAGCCGUUAAGAAUGCGUUGUUAGAGGGCAAAAAAUGCUCUACGGAACAAAUGCCAAUCAAGGUAAGAGAGCUAGUAGCAAGGAACGUUUCUUGAGGUCACGGUUUAGCUAAUUGUAGAAUUUUUUUCUUGACUUAGGCGUAUUUCAAAGUUAAAAAUGAAGUUUUUAAAAUAACAACAUAUUGCCAAUCUCUAUUGUAAUCAAGAUAAAACACUUUAGUUUUAUCAAAAUAAAUGCCGAAUUUCAGAUCAACUUGAUUGCUGCCCCACUCUUCGUAGUAACGGCCCAAACCACGGACAAGGAAGAAGGCCUAGAAGCCGUGAACCACGCCCUGGACAAGAUCAAGCAGUCGAUCGAGGCGUCGGGCGGCUCCUUCAAGUUCGUCAUGGCUCCGAAGGUGGUGACGGACAUGGACGAGGAGGAGAUCAAGAAGCGCAUGGAACUGUUGGGGUUGAACGAAGAGAACGCCUCCGAUUCGGGUUCGGAAGCCAGCGACGACGAAGGCCUCGUAGCACCGAAAGGUCUGGAUCAGGAAGCCGACGCCUCCGAAGCCAUUCACGGAAAACGACCGGUCGAAGCGGCCGAAGACUCGGAUUAG